UCGUUUGGGCCGGCGUUUCCCAUUGGCCGAGGUAACAUGGAAGCUGACAAUGUUACAGUGGUUGCGGAAGUGGUGUGGGGCAUUCCAAUAGUCGAGAGGAUCUUGUGUUCACGGGAGAAGCCAGAGAGCUCUGCGCUGACGAGGAGUAAAAAUGCAACGAUGGGAUCCUGGAGGAAAGUAACUUGUCUACAACUCGCUUGUCCGCAUCGAUUGCCGGUUAUAAAAUCUUUUGGAGACGUAACAAGACGUUAAUUGCGCCCAAUAAAUUUGAUUUAAAGGGGCAGGGCACCGCUCCUUCCCGAUUCCUUCACCUCACUAUCAGAGUGAAAGGAAGAGAUGGUGCGAGUGUACAACUGUCACCCGUUCGCCGCCCAGCUGAUCGUUCCCGUUCAACACGAACCGGAUACUUUGUGCUGCGGCCGGGAUACUCUCUUCGUGGUCUCCGCCGGGUGUAAAAUCGAAGCGUUCAGCGUAACAGAGGUCGGAUGCCAGCCCAUCUGCUCCUUUAACGCCCUCGGGAAAGUCCAGAAAAUAACGUUCAGUGAAAUAGCUUGCUAUCUUGUAGCAAUCGAAGAGAAGAGUAAUGUACUGUCCCUACGGGUCUACUUCAACUGGAAGGGAUGCCAAGCUCAAGGGAAGUCCCGAGUUGGCGUACGGAUCGUGGGGCAUAUGCUGCAGGCUCCAUUUGAAGGAGCAGCCAAAGAUCAGAUGGAAAUCAUCGAGGUGCCGCUUUCGGAGCCCCCAGUCUCCGUUUCUUGUUGCCCCAUCAAGGGGGACUUGGUGGUUGGCUGCCACAACAAGGUGGUUUUCUUCCGGCUGAAGAAGGUGGCACUGGCUGGUCAGAGCCCCGUGUUCGAUUUCGAGCGAUUUCUGGUGGUGCACGUCAGUUUGAAGCUGCUGGAAGUGGCGUUUUGCAAUGGCUGCUUGGCCAUGAUAGCGGACCUGGAAGUGUUGGUGCUGAAGUUAGAGAGGGCCAGACAAGUGGAGAACACAGCGCAGCAACAGGCUGGUCGGAAAACAGCAUCAGUCAACAAGGCCACCGACAUAGAAAGCAGUGACACUGGAGAAGCAGCAUCUCUGAGCCAAGAACAGGAUGAAUUCAUUUUCUUCCAAAGGCCUUUGGAAUUACUUGGUGAAGACACUUGGGGGUCUGGAGUUGUGCUCAAUUUGGAGUGGACAGGUGCGGAAAGUUUGACAACUGAGCGGCAUAAUAAUGUGUACUUACGACAGAUACUAUACAGGCGUUUUGCUCCUGAUCUGGCUCACAUUUACUCUGUUGAAGAGACUGCUCUGCAUUCCCUUCAGUUACUCCCGAUGUUUGCUACAGGAGAUUCAGAAUUGGCUGCUGGUUCUGGGAAGAAGGACAAGCAAGUGCUCAGCCUUUUCUGUUUCUUUUCCUUGCCACACGUAGGCUGUUUGUAUGCAGUUGGCAAUAUGGUACAGCAGCUCUCCACCUAUAACUAUCCAGAAAAGGCCAAGCAAGCAGUGAUUAGUCCUCAGUUUCUGCACGUCAUCACCAGGAGUAACUUGCUGUGUUACACAGUCAGGUGCAGUUCAGUCGCUGCUCGAGAUAAGGAUCCAGAGAUGGACACAAACAACAAGGCCUGUCCGCCAUUUUUCAUGCCAGUGAGUGCUUUGCGUAUGCAGUUGUUUAUUGGACUAAGAGCUGUGUGCCUUUCCCGAAACCACUUGGUCGUGUUGGCUAAGACAGAGGCCCAAGUCCCAGAUAGACCAACCAAGUCAAAGAAGCAACCGCCUCAGAAAUCCAAGGCUGCUAAUAAAAUGCCAUCAGCUACGAGCGAAGCUGGCUGGAACUUGUAUUGCCUUCAAAUGAUUUCAACAAUUCAGUUGUGCAAGGAGAUGGUUGACUACAGCAAGAGAUACAAGGCCUGCAGUCCGCAGAGUUAUGUCCAUCUGCUCAGUGAAGCCCACCUGAUGUUAAAGGCAGCUCUCCUGGACCCUGAUCUAUGCAGCCAGACUGACAGGGCAGAAUUAGUGUCAGCUUUCAAGGAGAACUGCACCCAGCUGGGGGACUGUUACAGCGAGUUUGAAAUGGAUGACUUCCACCUUGCUCUUCCAUAUUAUAAGAUGUCAGGGCUGUCCCUGAAUGACCUAAUCAGCAGAAGGCUUUUAUGGGAAGGUCAACCUCAGAAAUUUGGAAAAGGGUUUAUGUACUACUUGAAGCACUCUAUAUAUGAGGAGCUUAAAGAGCCACUGAACGCAGAAACAGCAAACCAGGUGUUACAUGUAUUCAAGCUGGCCGAACCAACCCACAUCCCACAUGCCUUGUGCAGCCCAUGUAUGAGGAACGUGUGUUUGAGGAUGGCGUGGGACCAUCUGGAGAGGUUGGCAGCCAUCAGCCCAUCAGCCCUGGUGACGUUGACCAAAGCGUUGGUGGCGCUGAGACUGGAAGACCUAGCAAAGUACCAGCAGGCCAUGCAGCAGUACUCCGAGACCAGAUUAGUUUGUGGUUUUGUGGCCGAACCGCAUCUCUUGCAACACCGUGGCAUUGUGGUAACUGAGUUAUCUCGGGAGCUGGAGAGGAACCAACCAGGUCUCCUGGUGGCGAGCUUUGUAGCUUUACUGGAAAGUCACAAAGUGAACCUUGAAGAAGCUGAAUUAUUCUUUAAGGCGCUCUGUGUGAAAGAUGGUGAUGAUGAAACACAGGCGGACACUCCACAGCUGCUGGUGGAUUUCUGGGAAGCUAUGUUGAUAGCCUGCAGCCAGGAAUCGAUGAUCCAACUCCUGCUCAUAAAAUUGGUAUCCGUCUAUAUCCGGAGAACAGCCCGUAAACAACGGCCUGAAAGGAGCCCUCUAAAAACAGUCGAUGACCUGAUGAAUUGUUGCAAUCAAUUCGGUGCCAUCUACUCUUGGAUCCACACCAUCAAUGCAUCUCACUCCCAUCCACAAGGCCCAUCAGAUGAUCUUCUGAAGUUACAGUCCAUCCUGUGUGGUUCCUCCAUCGAUGUGAAAUCUGUCCUUCCGCUAUUGCAUCAGCUCCCCGAGGAUGACGGCCCUGGUCUGAGUGUCCAUGUGCUUUGUGCCACAAGGCUGGGAGAAUGUGAGCACGUGACUGACCAACUCCUGGACCGAUGCCCUGAGGCUCUUCUACUGUUUGCCAGCUGUGAGAUGCGGCAGGAGAAGCAGCCUCUCUGGUGGAAAAAACUUUUGCCUGAACUUUGUAAGCGGACAAAAGGAGCUGGAAGAGAAAACAGAAUAUUGGUUUCUUCACUGAAAGAAACCUUGGCAGCCGUGGCCACUAUCCUCCAGCCCCUGGACUUUCUGAGUAUCUUACCAGACGAGGGCAUUGCUUCAUUUUUCCUGCCCCAUCUCCAGGAAUGCAGCAGGAAGAAUUUCAUCACCUGAUCCAGGGGAGUUGCUGAGGAACAUGAUGCAGUCCCAGGAGCCCAGAACGGCAUGGUUUUAUCAAGCUUUGAUUCUAGUUCAGACUGUGAAACUACUUGCUGCGCACCUGCCUCAAUUCUGGCAGAGAACAGAACUGCACCUUGAACCUAGACUGGCAGAAUGAAGUCCCCACUGGAAACUCACUCGCUCUGGACUCGGUAUGCCUGCAGAACAACACAGCAGCACUCACUGAUGGCAUGUUGGACGUUUUACUGCCUGCUGCCAUGGUACUUCUGGGUGCCAGGUAUCUGCUGCCACGAAUGAAUGACAUUGCACCAUCCAGGCUGGGCACUUUAUGUUUCAGAGGUGAACUUUGCUGGAAUUAUUGACCUUUGGCCCAUUGACACUUCAGAUCUCUCAAUGUUUAGCCUUUCCAGUUCAACUAGGAAGCUUUUGUUUUUGUUUCUUUUUUAAAAGUUUUGGCUGAUCAACCACCUUUUCCAUGGCCCCCUCUUCAAAAAUGACCCCAAUGAUAAAUGCUGUAUCCAAAUCUUCUCUGCUGCAUGGAUAUGUCUGGGUCUGCAGGAGCUGCAAGGGUGCCAUUCUGCUCUGUAAUGUGCUACAAAGAUUAAUGAUAUAUUUUAAUUACUCUCCAUCCAUCAACUUCCUGUCUCCCCUUGUAAAGCUAAGCAUCAUUUGUAGUCGAGUAGUCCACACCAUUAAUCUCCUCCGAACUCUACCUCUACCUGUAUUUGCAUUUAACCAAUUAUUUAUUUAAUUUGUUGAUAUUUCACUAAAAGUUUAUAUGCCUCCAAUAGAGAGAUGUGGCCCAUACCCAGUAACCUCAUAAGCAGGUAGCCAAGAACUCCACUUCAGGGACAGAAGAUGCAAAUGUCUAAUGAUCAGAUUUAUGCUUUAAUUUUCGGACCAUGUGAGCAUCCAGUCAAUAUGGAUUAUUUAGUCUUCAAACUUGCUGUUGCUGGGUAGACUGCUCCUUUUACUGUUUGGAAAGGUCUUGAGAAGAGAAAUGUGCAAUAAAAUGUAAUAACCAAACCCUGGUCAUUCAUGUUACUUGUUUUUCUAGAACUAAUUCCCAUAAAAUUUCAAUCGGGAGGCUGAAACAACCUGUAAUCA